AUGCGGCCGGUACAGCUGGCGACAGGCGACGAGGACGAGGACUCGGGCAGCUCUUGCGACGUGGAGGAUGAUUGGGUCUACAGCAGCAGCGGUUCUCAUUCGUGGAGCAGCGACCUGAGCGACAGCGACAGCGACUCGGACGACGUCAUCGGCAUCAAGGCUUCUCGGCGGACGAGCAGGUCGCGGACGGGGCGCCUCGAUGUAUGGCAGCGUGCUGCGGCCUCGAGUACGGCACCCGCCCCACAGGAGGACUUGGCAGAGGAGUUCCCAGAGAGAUGGCACGAGGACGUUGUCAUUCCAAGCAUCAAGCUCGGGGCAAAGAUACUGACAUUGACGACGUUUGCGUUUUUCCUCUUCUACGAGUACGGCGUCCUUUUCAUUGGUUAUUUGGCGGGUUGCCAAGGUAAGGAUGGGAAUUAUUCUGAUAUGUUCAGGUUGGGUGAUGAUAAGUAUUAUCCAGAUCGACGUCGCAUUCUACGCCGGAUCAUUCGGAAUAGCCUUGUGCCAUCGGUGGCCAUUCCCGCGCUUGUACGCCGGGCUGAUGUUUGUCACCAUGUUCGCUUGGCAGUUCAAUACUAUCACUUUUGGGUUUGA